UUUAGUGAUGUCUGCCGCCGCUCCAGCCAGCGACCAGCAGCAGCAGCAGCAGCAGACGUAUGUGAUAGAGAACGUCGAGGUCCGCUUCCCGCCCGGCAGCAAUGCGCCGACCAAACGGCUCGUCCGGAGCACCAUGCGGCGCACCAUUACGCCUGACGGCGUGAGGCGGCUCAUCCGCAGAGGGGCCGACCCACGAGUGGUCGUUGAGCUGUUGUGGCCGCGUGGGCCCGCUGGCCGUCACGUCCUGGAUGUGUGUGUGCUGUCGCUGGCCAUCGACGACUCCAGCAGGCUAUCUGCCCUCGAGGACGCCCUCGACAUAUGGGUGUUCCCUGACGCGGCGCAACUGGUGCUGCCGCUGUGGCCGUCACGGGCUCGGCAAGAGGCCGUCCUCAUACAACUCAUCCGAGCGGGGGCCCGCGUCGAUGGGCCACCGGGUGCCCCCACAGACGUCAUGAACCUGGGCACUGGCGACGAUGAGAAGCGGACCAGCCACUGUCCCAUCCAGAUGGCGGUUCGCGCGGCCAACCUGACGGCGGUCAAGGUCUUGACGGCCAACGGGGUUGGGAUGAGGGGGCUGACGCUCCUCUUCGUCCCAGGCAAGGUGCGGCCCAAUGACGAAUAUGAGGCUGCGCUGAUGGCCGUCUACACCCAUCUCGUGCAGCACGACCCCUGCCUCGCGACAGAGCUGGGGCCCUGGAGCUACAACGUCAUCCAUCGAGCCGUGAUGAAUGGAAAGGGCUAUUCCGACGGCUUCACCUUGGCCUUCCUGCAGCUGAUGAAGGACAAUGGAGCCAGCGUCACCCACCGGCACCAGUUCGACUCGUUAGGGCUGGGUGGGGCGGAUGCCACGCCGUUGCAUGAGGCAGCUCAAUACCGCGCGUAUCCCGCGAUCGAGUGGCUGUGCCCCUACCUCACCCCAGCAGACAUCAACGCGAGCAGCAGCGCCAACAAGACCCCCCUUGGCCUCGCUGGCGGACAGCUCGCCAAUUUGGUGGGUCACCCCCUCCCGUCCGAGAGACGAGAUGAGACGAUCAGCGGGAUGAAGGGGGCUGUCCGCACGCUGCUGCUGUCGGGUGCGGCCAUCGACAUGGUGCCCACGGCCACCGACAGUGACCGACAUGAUCGUCGUCUGGUGGACGAGGAGUACGUGCAGCUCCUCGACCAGCUGGCGGAUGACGUCAUGGAUGCGGUCAACGGUGCCCUCAACCCCCAGCGCGACGUCGCCAACCUGCUGACCCGCCUGCUGCCCCUCGCCCGCCCCAAGCCGUCUGAUUCGACUGAUGACGCCCCUGCCGUCCCAUCGCGGCCCUCCCCAUUCGCACACAGCAAUGAGACGCCCCAGAUCGCAUGGAAGGUCGGCGCCUUCUUUCACGAGCCAGAGGCCGUCGACCAGAUGCGCCUCACGACCCACACCCCACUGGCUGGCCGCAUCAAGGCCGCCAUGCAGCACUUCGUCAAGUGCGCGGCGACCAAGACGGCCGGCAAUCGUGAGGUCGUGGGUGUGAUGGCCAAUGUGGGCGGGAGGGUGGUGCGGGUGCCGCUGCAGUGCUUCGCUGUCAACAGAGGGCAGCAUGCACACAGGCGGCUGGGGCUGCGCGAGGUGGUCCAGAAGGCCCGGCUGGACGAGGCAGCCAGAUUUGGGCUGACGGGCGUGGUCAAGGGCUUCAACACCCACCUGGGCAAUGAGGAAUGUCAGUUCGAGUGGCAGCAGCUGGGAUGGGUCGACGAGACGGGGAGGUUCCAGCCGCUGGGCAUCAGUUAGCUGAGGAGGGGCAGCACAGGGCCGUGUAGCACAUAAGGGGGGGAAGAGGAAGGGAUGGCGGUGUGUGUAGACUGGGUGGCUGUCCGCUGGAUGAAGCUGUCCGCGGGGGUGACCGAUGGCUUCAUCUCUGUCUGAUGUGUACAUAUUGUAUGCAGUCUGAUC